CGCAGACUAAACACAGAUCACUGAAUAUUGUUUAUUUGUUUAUUUGCUUAGUCACUGGAGUUCUUUGGAUGUAAGCUAAUGAGAUGUUUUCAAUAAAGGCGUUGUGGCUCCUGCUUUUAGCCACCGUUGGACGUUCUGCAGGAAAUAACAAUUGCUGUCCAACUGGAUACUUCUACCACUACUACUUAAAUAAGGUCAUGUGCAGAGAAGGGAAUUGGCCUAUCUUUUAUUUUACCGGAAACCGUAAUCUUGUAGGAUCUCACUGCAACAUAAAUGCCGAGUGUUGUAAAUGUGAUGAUCCUUUAAGCUCCUGUUAUAAUGAUGAGCCAUGCAUGUCAUUGAAACAAUGUCAAGGAGGAAAUGAAAAUUGCUGUCCAACUGGAUACUUCUACCACUACUACUUAAAUAAGAUCAUGUGCAGAGAAGGGAAUUGGCCUAUCUUUUAUUUUACCGGAGACCGUAAUCUUGUAGGAUCUCACUGCAACAUAAAUGUCGAGUGUUGUAAAUGUGAUGAUCCUUCAAGCUCCUGUUAUAAUGAUGAGCCAUGCAUGUCAUUGAAACAAUGUCAAGGAGUUUACGUAGAAGCGGUUGGCGCAACGGUUGUGGCUCGAACUCUCAACAUUGAGGUUGGGGGUUCGAAACCCUCGCUGUCCUCAGGCAAGACAGUUUAUGUACGUUUGUCUCUCUCCACCCAGGAGUAG